GGAGGGUGCGGAGCCGCCGCUUCAGCCUGGCCGCCUUGCCGCCGCCUCUCUCGGACCGGGCCCGGCGGGCGCUCGGAGCGUGAGGGCGCGGGCUGCUCCCUCAGUAGCGGGGGCGAGCAGAGGCCGGGGUACGGGCGGCUAAAAUGAGUGAAAGGAGAAGAUCUGCAGUAGCCUUGAGCUCGCGAGCACAUGCCUUCUCUGUUGAAGCCUUGAUCGGCUCAAAUAAAAAGCGGAAACUGCGAGACUGGGAGGAGAAGGGGCUGGACCUGUCCAUGGAGGCGCUGAGCCCCGCAGGCCCACUCGGAGACUCGGAGGACUCGGCGGCACACGGCCUGGAGCCCCACCCGGAUUCUGAGCAGAGCACUGGUUCAGACUCAGAGGUACUCACUGAGCGAACCUCCUGCUCCUUCAGUGCUCACGCUGACCUGGCCUCGGGUGCUGCAGGCCCUGUGCCUGCCGCCAUGUCCUCCAUGGAAGAGAUCCAGGUGGAGCUGCAAUGCGCUGACCUUUGGAAGAGGUUCCAUGACAUUGGGACUGAAAUGAUCAUCACCAAAGCAGGGAGGAGAAUGUUUCCUGCCAUGAGAGUGAAAAUCACUGGCCUGGAUCCACACCAGCAGUACUACAUAGCAAUGGACAUUGUACCUGUGGACAAUAAAAGAUACAGAUAUGUGUAUCACAGCUCCAAGUGGAUGGUGGCUGGCAAUGCUGAUUCCCCUGUGCCUCCAAGGGUUUAUAUACACCCCGAUUCUCUAGCUUCUGGAGACACCUGGAUGAGACAGGUGGUCAGUUUCGACAAACUCAAGCUGACUAACAAUGAAUUGGAUGAUCAAGGACAUAUCAUUCUGCACUCCAUGCACAAAUACCAGCCUCGAGUCCAUGUCAUUCGCAAGGACUUCAGCAGUGACCUUUCGCCCACCAAGCCUGUCCCUGUGGGGGAUGGGGUGAAAACAUUCAACUUCCCUGAGACAGUGUUCACCACAGUCACAGCCUAUCAGAACCAGCAGAUCACCAGAUUAAAAAUCGACAGAAACCCUUUUGCUAAAGGAUUCAGAGAUUCUGGGAGAAACAGAACUGGACUUGAAGCCAUCAUGGAGACCUAUGCUUUCUGGAGACCUCCUGUGCGCACACUCACCUUUGAGGAUUUCACCACCAUGCAAAAGCAGCAAGGAGGCAGCACAGGCACUUCCCCAACCACAUCCAGCACUGGGACACCAUCCCCGUCGGCUUCUUCUCAUCUUUUAUCUCCAUCCUGUUCUCCUCCAACUUUUCAUUUGGCCCCCAACACUUUCAACGUGGGCUGUCGAGAGAGUCAGUUGUGUAAUCUAAACCUCUCUGAUUAUCCACCUUGUGCCCGAAGCAACAUGGCUGCCUUGCAGAGCUACCCAGGGCUGAGUGACAGUGGCUACAACAGGCUCCAGAGUGGCACUGCUUCAGCCACUCAGCCAUCUGAAACCUUCAUGCCUCAGAGGACUCCAUCCCUCAUCUCAGGAAUACCAACUCCUCCCUCGUUGCCCAGCAACAGCAAGAUGGAAGCCUAUGGAGGCCAGCUGGGAUCCUUCCCCACUUCCCAGUUUCAGUAUGUUAUGCAGGCAGGCAAUGCGGCCUCCAGCUCCUCAUCACCACACAUGUUUGGGGGUAGCCACAUGCAGCAGAGUUCCUACAAUGCCUUUUCUCUCCACAACCCCUACAACCUAUAUGGAUACAAUUUCCCCACCUCCCCUAGGCUAGCUGCAAGCCCAGAAAAACUGAGCGCCUCUCAAAGCACUUUACUCUGCUCUUCUCCCUCCAAUGGGGCUUUUGGAGAGAGGCAGUACCUGCCCACAGGAAUGGAACACAGCAUGCACAUGAUUAGCCCUUCGCCUAAUAAUCAGCAGGCAACCAACACUUGUGAUGGCCGGCAAUAUGGGGCAGUCCCAGGCUCCUCCUCCCAGAUGUCUGUACACAUGGUUUAAAGGGCUGUCCAAACACUGCGGAGCUUAUGCCAGCCAAGACCUCAGAGUCUCCGUGGGCAGAUCUUCCUCUUUGGGAGCCCAAUGCCUUUGGAAAACAGGAACUGUGUUUGUGUUUUUUGUUUUUGUUUUUGUUUUUGUUUUGUUUGUUUUUCUGGAGGAGGAAAACACAUACCCAGGAACAGCAAGAGACACUUUUGAGCCACUGAAGAAUACUUGCCGUGAAUCAUCCACAGCUCAGUGGCCAUACUCCUGCCUUCCCAAACCUUAGUUUUAUAAAGCGUCCAUCUAUGCCAGAGUGGCCUUUGAAGAGACUGAAUAAUCAUUUUAUAAUAAUGUUAAGAGAGAUGCUAGCAUGUAGCAGCCAUGAAAAGUUACACACACACACACACACACACACACACACACACAGACCUACCUAUAAAUACUUAUGUGCAUACAUAUAUGCACAUAUACAAACUCAUACAUACACAAACAUCCUGCACACUGACUCUGAACUGGGCGAACUCUGUGGAUGGAGGCCCAGAGGGGUGCUUUCACCAAGAAUUUGUCUAUGUACAACACUAGAUGGACUGGGCCAGAAAUAGCCAUCAGCCUUUCUCCCCUGCAGCUUAACCUGCUUCUGGAAAGAAUGGUGUAUCCUGGAGCCCCUCUCUGGCUAUGAGGAUGGAAAGACAUCUGUACUACAACUGGACUUGGCUUCCUUAAAAAGAUUGCUUUUAAACUUGGGAUCUCUCCAUGAAGUAUGCCAUCUUUGAUGUUCCCAGUGGUGCCUGUAAAAAGGGAGUGAGAGCAGCUGAGAGAGAGAGAGAGAGAGAGAGAGAGAGAGAGAGAGAGGAGAGCAGGAAAGAGUGGAGAGCAAGACAGAGAGAGAAAGUGUGAGCAAUGAGAAGAGUUUCACCAAGGAAAUGUGCUAGAGUUUGUUUCCCCACCUACCGGCUGUAGAAGGCAUCAUUGCGUUAUUGAGGAAUAAAUCUCUCUGGGACACUGUGCAUGGUCAGGGCACCAGUGAGAUGGGCCCAGGCAAGGAAUGCAUCUUGAUCCCACGUUCUGACCACUGUGAUCCAGAAGAGAGGAGCACCACAUGGGAAGUGCUGAGCCCACAGCAUGCAGCCUGGCAGGGUAGGGAAAGAGAAGAAAUGUGAAGAAGGAAGAAUUUUAUAAUUCCCCAGGUAAUACCAAAAGUAGAGGCAGCAAAUAGAGGCCUGGCCUCCACGUGCCACAUCCAGAGCCCUGAGCUGAACAGCCUGCCCAUUAGCCCCCAUGGCAGAGAAACCCUGUCACGUUCCAGGGAAUUGCAGAUGGGUCUUCUACAUGUUCCCACCUGCCCGUAGAUCUCCAUUUUUAUCAAAUAGUUCAUUGCAUUUUGAAGUUUGGAGUUUUUCUUUCACCUUUCCUUUCCCUUCAGAUCCUUUAAUGAUACGAAAACAAGUGAAGCUUGGUACAAGCUUAAAUUUUUAAAUGGUGUGGAAAUGCAAAUGAUGCCAAGUAAAAUAAUACAGAUAUUAUUAAGAUUUUUGGUUUUGAGGUGUUGUAGAUAAAUGUAUUUAUAUGCCUAGUGGGGAAUCCAAUAUUAUGAAUAUUAAAAAAGGGGGCAAUAAAAGGGUGUGUAAAAUAUGUAUGAAGAAAAGGUGUAUAAAAAUUUGCCCUUAUGCACGGAACUGUUUCUAAGUGCCAAGCACAGAAUGCCGCUAAAUAAAAUCUUUGCA